GCGGGCUGGGUAGGGACCCUGUCACCUGCAGCUGCAGAGGUUCUGUCGCCUGUGGACCGAGGACUACCUCCCGCGCGCUGUCCCGGUCCCGCCCCCGGGGCUCACCUGUGGGAGGAAACAGGAACCGCCUCGGGGGCAGUGGGCCCCGCCUAGCUGACGUGCAACCCCUGAAACGAAACCCAGGUUCUUGCAGGAACCAGCGCUGACAGAGCCAGGACUGCAGCUGCCCGGAGGGUCUCCCAGCCCGGGCGACCGUCCCCUGAGAAGCCAUGACGGAGACUGGGAGGCUGCCCCCGCCACUACCCCCACGACUAGACUGGUUCGUGCAUACACAGAUGGAGCAGCUGGCCCGAGAUGGGGUCCCCGCGUGGUUCCACGGUGACAUCUCAAGAGAAGCCCAGGGCUGCUGCCGCCACUUCAUGAUCAAGGUCCUGGACAAUGGGAGUUUCCUGAUCCUCGGGGAGACGGUGACCCACGCCACACUGGACGCCCUGGUCACCUACCACCAGCAGAAGCCAGUUAGGCCCCACGACACGCUGCUGACCCAACCCUGCGGGCAGAAAGACCCUACAAAUGUGGAUUAUGAGGAUCUCUUCCUUUACUCCAAUGCUCUGUUGGAGGAAGCUGCGAGCCCCCGCUCCAGUCCCGGCCCCAGCCCCAGGGAGCAUCAGAGGCCUGCCUCCUGCCUUGUGACCUCAUCUGAGCAGGCCUCCCCAAAGCCAGGCCUGCUCCACUGGGCUAAGGACAGGAAGCUAUCAGCCCCGAUGCAUCAUGUAACCACAGAGGAAGCCACGUCCUCCUACCCCCAAAAGUCCCCUCUUGUGGAAGCCCGCCAGAAACUCUGGAGGAACCUCAAAACCCUGCCUAAGACGGGCAAGAAAGUUCAGCAACAGCUCAAGUCGCACCUUGCAGCGGUAAGCCUGCCAUCGCUCUGGGAUGCGGGGCGACUGGCAGGGACCCCAGGCUCUGGGGCAAGGACCGGUAGCCAGGAGCACUCAGGAGAAACAGCCUGGAAGGAAAAUAUCUACCAUGACCCCUUCAUGGCCACCUCCCUCAAAAGCACCUCACAGCCACAGUCCCUGAGAGACAGAGCCACCUCCUCCAGGAAGACCGUGAGGCCGGCCAACCAGAGCUCACCUGGGGGCGCGGUGACGCCAGGAGACCGGAGUUGGCACCGAGCAGCAGCGAGGGCCCAGUCUUCCCCAGUGUACACGCCAGAGCCCAGUGGAUUGUCAGAAUCCCCAGAAGACUGGCUCCCCGAGGAGUACAACCCGCCGCCCCCCUUCGCCCCUGGGUACUCCUAGGAAAGGGAAUCGUCCUGGUUCUCAGACCCCCUCGGCACCCCUGCCAGGGGCUGCUGCCCUUCUGAGUCAUCUGCUCUCUGCCACUCCCCCACGCUAGUCCCUAGAAACCUGGAAAAUGUAAUAAAAAUGUUUGGGGUUCUGGUCGUGCAAGUGCCAGUGAAGUGAGCUGGUUAUUUAUUUUUCCAUUUUCUUCUUCUUUUUUUUAGAUCUUUGUAUUGUUUUUAUUUGUUGUUAUUAUUUACGUUUAAUUUUAC